AACUAUAACUUAUCAACUGUAAACAAAAAUGUCAACAACAAAACAAACAAUGAAAAUGGUUAAAAAAGUAUACCUUGUUGGCUCUCAACAACUUCAAUGACGAAUACUAUUUUAAAAAUGUAUUGAAUGCCUAAAUACGAUACGAUCAUAAAUAUUAGUUUUCAGCCGAAAUUAAAAAAAAAAAUCAUAUCCAAGUCCCCGUAUUCCAUCCACAAUAAAUUCCCAAACCAUGCAAUCAACCGAACCCGAAUCCUCCAACGUCGUCAUCAACUCGAAUGCAGAAAAAUAUGAUCAUCUUCCUUCUGUUUCGAAUAGUGUCGUCCACGAUGCCGAUAAUUUUCUCAGUCGUUGCAAUUGGAACAAUGAGAAAAUCAACAAUAUUCUGAGAUCUCCACCUGGUGUUCGACAGAGGUCGGUUUUUACAGCAAAUCCUCCCGUGACAAAAUUUAAUGUUAGUGCUCCUCCUUUUGUGUCGGCGGCGGCGGCAACUUCGACACAACACAGAACACAAAAUGCCCCAAAGGAACACUUUAAUAGCGGGCAGUUUUAUCAUCAUCGUCAAUCGGCGACAACCUACAAUGAUAGCCCGGCAGCUAGAAUGAUGCGAAGCUUAUCAGCUCGCUACAGCCCUUCAGCAGUGUAUGGCUCUUCGGCUGGCAUAAAGAGUGCCACCACCGCUUCCAACGAUAUGCGUCCCAUUGUCAUAAUGCAAGCUGGCAGUUUGUCCCCAUCCAUGCCGACAUUCUCUGGCCGCAUCAGCAAUCGAGAUUAUGAGAACUCAUAUGCUACCGGACCGAUAGCAUUACCAAAUGGAACCAUUCAAAUUCGUUUGAGGGACGGAGUGUGCAUCGAUAUGACACUUGACAAGGCUGUUCGUGUUUUCAAUACCCGUAGCAUGGUUGCUUUGGCACUUUCAAGCAAUGGAAGCGUCUCGGCAAUGGUCCAUCCGAAUGGCAGAGUCCACCAGAAUGGAUCUCGAGUUGAGAUAGUUACCUACGAUGGCAUGAAAAGCAACAAUUAUGUGCGUUAUGCAAAAAUGUGGUACAAAGGAGUUAGUUUUACAAGUGAAAACUGCGCUCUGACUUACUUAGUUGAUACUGCUGGCACAAGGACGACUACGGACAGCUUUAUCGAUAUGUCCAAGGAUUAUACGAUUUUCGUGUUUUACAAUGACUCCCGUCAUGGUCCAGCUUGUGUGCAAGAGGCUGCUGCUGUCGUCCAAAAUUCAAUUAUAUCCUGUUCGGAGGACGGUACUGAGACGUACGAAAUUAAUGGAUUUCGCAUAUCACAAGCCGCUGAUGGCUUAGUAAAAUUGACCCGAACCCAUAACAAGUGCCUUAUUCGUACAAGUCCCACUAAUGGAUCAGCAACUUUGACUACUCCAGCCAUUCAUUGUACGGCAUCGUUGGGAAAGACUUCACAUCUUUUUGUGAGACGUGGCGAAAAACGAAUGCACUUUGAUGGUUCUUGUUUUAUUGUUCGCAAUGCUGGCCAUUCGGCAGGAUUCAAUGAAGAAAAUUUACUCAUUGUUUACUAAGGACAUGUUGUGCACAUGUUCAAACAUACAAACUCAUUUAUCAUCCUAGAGUUAUCAGUGUGAAUUUUUUCUAUUUGGCAAAUUUUCAAGCGUUUUCAAACUUUUUUAGUCUUGUUUUUUUUUUCGAAAAAGUUCAAUUUAUGUUUUGGUGCAGUUGGUGUUUAAAAAAAAAUCAAGUUUUUUGUUUUUAAUUCUGAGAACUUUAUUGUCCUCCGUACAUUUGAAAAGUCAAUACAACAAGUAAUGUAUGUGUAAACUUGUACAUGGGAAAGUCACUCCUAUCCCAGUUGAAUAUUAUUUUGCCAAAAGUUAGUAAUCACUGGCAAAAGUUGUAGAAAAAUGUAAAAAAAAAAUGAAAACAACAGUUCAAAAUGAUGUACCUUAUCAAGUGUAUGUGACACAAGUUAAUUAAUUUUUGUUUGAUCUGUAAACAUUUUGUUAUAAGUUUUAUAAUUUUAAAAAUUAUUUGUAUAACGAAAAUUUUGCUUUAAUUUGUAUAUAAGCAGUAUUUAUAGUUUGUUUUAUUUUGUAAUCAUGAACAAGAUUACCUUAUGAUUGUUUAUCCAGACACAAAAAAAUUAUCAAUGUUUUCUAUUAAUUUCCAAAAUUAUAAUUUGUAUCAAUAAAAUAGUUAUUUUAUAAUUUUCUGUAUAACAA